CACCCUGAGGUUUCACGAAGGCCCCUCGAAUAAAAUAUCAGUAAAUUCAGGUCAGCUAAGUGUAUGGUUUGGGAAGAAGAAGCUCAACUUCCUUUAAAUUUUCCGAUGAUAAUUUCAGCUCCAUCGAUCAACGGGUUGUUUCGCGAAAGUUUCAUGGUCUGGGCGACUGAAUUUAAAUCACUUUUAAUAUGUGUUACUUCUUGUUUUAGGGGUACUGGGCCAAACGGAGAAGUGGUGCUGCAUACUAUAGCUAACAAUGGGGGAUGCAGUGACAAGUGGGGACAAAUCUUACAAAUUUCUAAGAAGAAAAUCGACGAAAAACUGACGCGAGCCCUUAAAUACAAAUUUCAACGCGGAAACAUACCGCAGCCCCUGAGGACUACAUAUAAAUAUUGGCAGGAAGGUUUCUGGUAUUUCCAGAAGCCUGGUACCAACUUUGACUUAACAACCAUCCGUCAAUGGGCCAAGCGACCGCUGAUCGGACAAGAUGUAUUCUUGGUUGACAGGGCAUUCAAUAAUUUUGGUGGAUGGUUACAGGACACUUUGCGU